GUCUGCCCGCCGACGCCACUCCCGCACGCUCCGUCACCGCGCGCGCCGAACUUUUUUUUUCCAAGUAUUCUAGACUUUCCGACGAGAACCGACAUUCGUGACCAUGAAGCAAGGGUUGCUGGUGUUCCUCUCGUUAUGUGCUUUAACCACAGCCAUGGUUCCCAGAGUUAGGCGAGCCAUGCAUACCGAGGAAGAGGAGAUGCACCGGAUGUCGACCACAUCGAGUACCACGACCCCCAAAGCACACAGGAUCUGUAGCUACCGCACUCCUUGUGCGUGGACCGUGUACAAACCGAACAACCCCAGCAUCGUAGAAAUGUACAUCCCUAAUACAUAUUGUAUCUGCGAAACUGGCGAUAAAUGCAAGAAAGUCGAGAACGAUACAUCGGUGAAUACUUACAUACACCGUUGUCGGACACCGUCGGACAAGGAUGGAGACGAGGAGAGCUAGCGUGCCACCGCGCGGCGCCACAACCUCCGACGUCGCUGUGUCUCCGGGCCCACCGCUCCAUCACAUCACGUGGAUUAACAAGCACACACAACAACUCUCUACUGAGAUACAUAUUACAUACCCAUUUGACUGCCUACACUUGCCAGCAUACUUUAAUUUCAUGCAAGUUACAGGUAAAUGUAACCCUAAGGGAUCCUAAAUGACUGGUCUACUAUUCUACAUAUGUAAUUAAGUUCUUUUUUGACAACUUGCCCACUUUUCAAGAUGAGACGCUGCAUGACUAUAAUUUCCUUUUAAUACUGUAUGGUAUCUGACGAUUGGGACAGUUACACUUAUGUAAAAAAUAAUGAAUUCAAUAUUAUUAUAAUACACCCAUUUUUCUAAAAAGUCCAGGAACUAAGGAUCCUAGCCAUUCACUGAAUAAUGUCACCGUUAUUGUUAAUUUUCAUUAAGGAAACUGAUCAUGUUCCUACCUAAUGUAUCAUCAACAUCAUAUUGAACCCGCCUCGAUAAUAAUUGUCAUAGUUUUUACAAAAUAACUUUUCUCAUUAAACUGAUUUUUUUAUUAUAAAAGUUUAACUACCGUACUUAGAAACAUUUAACGAUUGCUUAAACUAUUCCUUAGUAACGAUUAUGUUCUGAAAACAAUUGCUAAGGAUUUGGUUCAAGUAACCAUUAACCCGUUGUCUGUCGGAACGCAGAUCUACGCGAGACACAAUGUGUUUUCUAUCGUGUCUUAUAUACCGACAGACAAGGGGUUAAAUGACUCUGAGUACGGCUGUAAGGAUUAAAAUCGAUUGACGUUUUUCUGCUUCUCACAUUUUUCAGUUACUAACAAUAUGACAUAACCAACACAUAACAAUACAAGUACUUAUUAGUUGUAGUUCGUUUUUAAUGUCUAAGUAAUUCAUAACUUACCGCAGGAGAUAAACAAGCACGUCGUUUUUAAAGUUCCUACUUUUCUUUUUUUUUAUUAUUUAUAAUGUAACCUUAAGUGUAAUGUCCGACCGAAAUUGUUUUUUACAACUGAAAUCAAAUUUUACUUUGACCAAAACCGAAAUGCACACAUUUUGUAUUGUAUAUAUCAAAUACAAAUUUUUUUUUUUGGUUUAUACAUCUAUACAUAAUAUAUUUUAACGAAAAUUAAAUUCUAUGUCCUUUUAAAUAAUUGUAUUACAAAUAUUCAAUCUUAUUUUACUAAAUUUGAAAUUUUUAACGUAGUCUAGGUAUCGAGCUCGGUUUUGGUUGGUUUUCAGGUUCGGAAUCUUAAUACCACAGGCCAAAACUUACCGAAACUUGGGUUUAAGUACAUUUCGGUUGGACUAAUAAGUACCUAAGUAUAAUUUAGUUUUUCUAACGCCAAUGUUAAUGAAAUAAUGACAUAAUAAAAUGGAGUUGUAUUAUUAGUUUAGAUUGUGUAAAAUCAUGAUUUGGCGUAAUAAAUAAUUAUGGAGA